CUACCGGAUCUGGUCUUGGUUAUGUUUUUCAGUGUCGGGUGGAGUCUACAUCCCGUCGCAGCUCUGCGGGGAAGGAGGAGGACUGCUUUUCUUAGUUUCUCUCUCAUUGACUAUUUGUUACCGCCGAGAAAUACUCCUUAAAGAUGACGACGACAACAACCUUCAAAGGGAUGGAACCUGGUUCUAAAAGCAGCUCCAGGGUACUAGGGCCGCCCGGCGGGGCCUCCAGCAUCUCCUUCGGCACAGACGACGAUGACUCAACCCCCCGCAAGAACAAGAUGGCCUCCAACAUCUUUGCAGAACCUGUGGACCCGCAUGCGCAUCGGAGGAACAAUCCACCCACUGGUGCCGCUGCGGGGACCCUGUGCGGGGAGCCCUCGGCCCCUCUGAGGCGAGUCCAGCAGCCUCUUCUCUUCCCCAAGAACCCCGAGCCGGAGCUGACCACCAUCCACAACUCUGGGGCCGCCCUCGUCUGGAACCAGAGACGAGAGGUUCAAAAUGGCCAAGAAGCAGCAAAUGAGGAGUGUCCUGACCACGUGGAGGCGGAGCCAGAAGAGCAUGAGCAGCAGCAGAAGGAGACAACAGAGCCGUCUGCCCCGUCGGGAGUUGCCAACGCUGCUGCAAGCGGCGGAAGAAACCCACCUGGUGGCAAGUCCAGCCUCAUCCUGGGUUGAGACCACUUGUUUUUUUUUCUGUUUUUUUUUUUUUUUUGUUCGAACGCUUUUUUUUUAUUUUUUAAAGAUAAAUACCCUCCACCACUCUCUUCCUCCUCAUCGACUUGUCACCUUCUUCUCUUCUUCACAUGCACUCACGCUGUCACGUCCAUGGGCCCCCGUGUCCUCUCCCUCCACCCUCAAACCUUUUGUUUUGAUCCUUUUUUCUAUUAAAAGAAGAAAACUGUUGACAAAAGCACUUUAUGUAUCUCUCUCCCCCCCUCUUCCAUUUCAGCCCAUCCUGUAGUGCAUCGCGCCUGCUGGGAAAGGCAUGACGUUUAGCUUGUCCCCCAUUCUUCCCUGUUGUAAAUGGUAAAGGAAAAAAUAAUAAAAAGAUUUGAUGCGUGGAUUUCUAAAUACAAUAAAGAUUGAUAUGAA